AUGCGCAAUCUAAGAAACCUUCGAUUCGGUCGUGUGGCUCAGGCUGAUGUAACUGCCGCAUGCUGGGAUCCUGAGACGGACGAGGUUAUUUGCACGGUUGGCCCAACUGUCCAAAAUCCCACAAUACAGCUGCUCCGGGUAUCUGAAGGACAAAGUCUAUCACAACGCCCCGUCACCAAUUGGGAUGCUCCAAGUCCCAAUCCCGAUCUUCCAGUAGAUAAAAUCCUCAACAUUCAGUAUCUAAGCGGCACCGCAACGAUAUGUCUUGUUCUGGAGGGAGGUGACAUCAUUACGGUCAAGGAGGAUCAACUUGGCGGCGAAGACGCUCACAUUGAAAUCGUCGGGUCCAUCGAUGAUGGCAUCUCUGCAGCUAGGUGGUCUCCCGACGAAGAGCUUCUCGUCGUCGUCACCAAGGCAAACAAUGCCAUCUUCAUGGGGAGCUCUCUGGAUCCCGUCGCCGAGGUUGCCCUGACAGCGGAGGACCUUCGAGCAUCCAAGCACGUCUCUGUUGGCUGGGGCAAGAAGGAGACUCAGUUUCAAGGCCGAGGCGCCAAGGCUCUUCGUGAUCCCACCAUUCCCGAAAAGGUGGACGAGGGUGUUCCCAGCCAGCACGAGAAUGGUGCCACAACAAUCAGCUGGCGAGGAGACGGCUCCUAUGUUGCCAUCAACUCUGUCCAAGACGGCUCCCGCCGAGUGAUCCGAGUGUACUCUCGAGAAGGCGAACUCGAUAGCGCUAGCGAGCCUGUUGAUCACCUCGAGAGUAGUCUCAGCUGGCGGCCAUCGGGCAAUCUGAUGGCUGGCAUUCAGCGACUACAGGACAAUAUCGAUGUUGUCUUUUUCGAACGAAACGGCCUUCGUCACGGCCAGUUCACUCUACGCUCUUCUCUUGAAGAUGUGAAUUCAUGCGUCAACAUCCAACUAGAAUGGAACACUGAUUCCACCACCUUGGCUGUCAUCCUAAGCAAGACGAUACAGUUGUGGACAAUGGGCAACUAUCACUGGUAUUUGAAGCAGGAGAUACCAAGAGAUGUCGGGGGCACUCCCACGCUAGCGUGGCAUCCCGAAAGAGCACUGCGACUGGCGUUCCCAACUGGGAGCGGGCUUGUGGUGGCCGAACAGGUAUUGCAUUCCGCUCGAGGGUCCUGCCAACAACCUUACGACGUUGGUGCCGUCGCCGUGAUUGACGGAUCAACUGUCAAACUUACUCCGUUUAGGACUGCAAACGUUCCUCCUCCCAUGUCCUUCUGCGAUAUUGAGACCGGAUCAUCGGCAAUCGAUGUUGCAUUUGGCCACUGGAGUAGCUCGUUCGCCAUUCUUCACCACCAUGCCGUUGAUCUCUACGAUCUGCCCUGUAACAAUGGCAGGGUUGGCAGACCAAAGUUGGUGAAAAAGCUACCACUUUCCCUACAGCAUGCGGAAUACUUCUUACCACUCCGAAUUGUCGCUACGUCAACAGGUUAUCGUCUGUUCGCCUACCAAGGCGAAAGAUUCGUCAGUGCUGCCGUAAGCACUGAUGACGAAAACUUGGAACCUCCUCAAGAGACCCCCACGCGUCUCCUCAGCACUGCAACGUAUGAUGACAAUUCAAAGAUCGAGGGAUACGGCCAGGAUUCCUCUGGUAAGUUGUACGAGAUUUCUGCAACAUCUACCGAACCAUUGGGAAUCCAGUUCCCUUCAAUCUUGCCAUCUUUUGAGACUUGCAAAUCGGGCGAAGGUGUUGUCAUUGCAUUUGGUCUCUCACGAAACGGUCACAUUUAUGCAAACUCAAGGCAACUGGCCAAGAACUGCACAUCCUUCAUCCUCACACCGCACCAUCUCAUCUUUACGACCAGCAAUCAUUUUGUCAAAUAUGUUCAUCUCAUGGACGAUGUGGAAGAGUUGGAAGUCCCUGGCGAUGAUCCUGAAAAGGACGAACGAUGCCGGAGCGUUGAACGUGGAUCACGCCUAGUAACGGCAAUGCCGACGAACAUGAGUAUUGUUCUACAAAUGCCGCGAGGUAAUCUGGAGACAAUAUACCCUCGCGCAAUGGUGCUCGCCGGAAUUCGUCGCCUCAUUGACGCCAAGGAAUAUGGUAUAGCCUUUUCCUACUGCAGAACCCAGCGAGUAGACAUGAACGUGCUUUGUGAUUACAAGUUUGAGCAGUUUCUCGCUUCUGUUCCCAUUUUCUUGGAUCAGCUCAACGAUAUAUCCUAUAUUGAUCUCUUCUUAUCUUCGCUCAAAGAAGAGGAUGUGACGAAGACCAUGUAUCAAGAUACGAAGAAAUACAAGACAUCCGCCAGCGGACCUUCUCCGGAAGUGGAGGCCAGCUUGGCGAUGAGGCCAUCGGACUGCAAGGUCAACAUAGUCUGUGAUGCUCUUCUCAAGAGCCUGCAGCCUCGCAAAAGCACCAAUCUACAAAAUAUCAUCACUGCACAUGUGUGCAAGAGCCCCCCAGCGCUCGACGACGGUCUCACUCUGGUGUAUGAGCUCAUGAAGGAGGACCCCAAGGUUGCCGAAAAGGCCAUUGAGCAUAUCUGCUUCCUUGUUGAUGUCAACCGACUGUAUGAGAACGCACUCGGCCUGUACAACCUCGAGCUUACGCUCCUUGUCGCCCAGCAGUCACAACGCGAUCCCCGCGAAUACCUACCCUUCAUCCAAACUCUUCACGCGCUGCCGGAGCUGCGACGUAAAUUUGAGAUUGACGACCACCUCGGCCACAGAUCAAAGGCCCUUGCUCACCUGCAAGCACUCGACUCUUUUGACGAGUUUUGCAACUACACGACCAAGCACAAGCUCUACCAGGACGCGCUGCGCCUCUACCGCUACGACCAAGCCCAACUCCGCACUAUCACUGACCUGUACGCGGCGCAUCUCGAGUCCAUGUCCUCCUUCCGCGAGGCCGGUUUGGCCUACGAGUCCCUCCAGAACUAUGCCAAGGCGACGAGCUGCUACCGCUCAUCUGGUGCCACCUGCUGGCAGGAGUGUCUGUUCUCCGCGCAGCAGCAGACGCCGCCGCUCUCCGCCGAAGCCAUGAGCCAGCUCGCCACCGCCCUCGCCGACGCGCUCUGGGAGGCCAAGGACUACGCCUCCGCGGCGACGAUCCACGCCGAGUAUCUCGGCUCCCUCGAGACGGCCAUCAAGUGCCUCUGCAAGGGCUACCUGUUCGCCGAAGCCAUGCGCCUCGUCGCCAAGCACGAGCGGCCCGCGCUCCUCGACGCCGCCGUCGACGCCGGCCUCGCCGAGGCGCUCGGCAGCACCACCGAGUUCCUCGCCGAUUGCAAGGCCCAGAUCGGCGCGCAGGUGCCGCGCAUUGCGGAGCUGCGCCGCAAGGCCGCCGAGGAUCCGCUCGCGUUCUACGAGGGCGACCGCGCAGGCGGCGGCGACGUCCCCGACGACGUCUCCGUCGCCGCCAGCUCGCGCCUGAGCACCGGCGCGAGCCUUUUCACGCGCUACACCGGCAAGACGGGCGGCAGCGUCGGCACCGCCGGCACGGGGGUCAGCCGCGCGACGAGCAAGAACCGCAGGCGCGAGGAGAAGAAGCGCGCGCGCGGCCGCAAGGGCACCGUCUACGAGGAGGAGUACCUGGUCAACAGCACGCGGCGGCUGGUCGAGCGCGUCGGCGCCGCCCGCGUGGAGGUCCAGCGCCUCGUCUUCGCGCUCGUCCGCCGCGGCAUGGCCGAGCGCGCGCGCAACGCCGAGGCGCUGAUGAGGGACGUCCUGGAGGCUGCCGAGCUGGCCGUCGCGCAGGUCUUCCCGUCGCCGCGGCCCGGCCACGCGGAGACUCCGGGGGGCGAGGAGGGUGCCGCCGGGGACGGCGAGCAAUAUCGCGCAAAGGGCGGCGACGCGGUCCUAGCGGAGUGGAUGGAGGCCAGGUCGAAGAAGGCGGAGCCCCCGGUGUUGGAGAAGAUGUCCAAGCUUACAUUGUUAGGGUAG